GCAUCCCCACCCGCCGCCGACUCCGGGCGCCGCCAGAGCCCAGGGAGAGGCGACAUGCGUCCUCGGGGCGCCGCCUCGGAGCCCGGGGUCUGAGCCGCAACCCCCCGCGGCCGCCUUUGUGAGCUGCCACCCGGGUCCGCGCCGCGAUGGGCCACCUGCCCGCGGGGACUCGCCCGGGCCGCCGCCUGCUGCCGCUGCUGCUCCGGCUCUUUGUGCUGCUCGAGAAUGCUGCGACAUUCCAAGUAACUGUUCAAGAUGACAAUAACAUCGUUGUCUCUUUAGAAGCUUCUGAUGUCAUGAACCCAUCUUCUGUAUAUGUUGUGAAGAUAACGGGUGAAUCAAAAAAUUACUUCUUUGAAUUUGAGGAAUUCAACAGAACUUUGCCUCCUCCUGUUAUUUUUAAGGCCAAUUAUCACGGCCUCUAUUAUAUCAUCACUCUGGUCGUGGUGAAUGGAAAUGUGGUCACCAAGCCAUCCCGAUCCAUCACUGUGCUGACAAAACCUUUACCUGUAACCAGUGUUUCAAUAUAUGACUAUAAACCUUCCCCUGAAACAGGAGUCCUGUUUGAAAUUCAUUACCCAGAAAAAUAUAAUGUUUUCACAAGAGUAAACAUAAGCUAUUGGGAAGGUAAAGACUUCCGGACAAUGCUAUAUAAAGAUUUCUUUAAGGGAAAAACAGUAUUUAAUCACUGGCUUCCAGGAAUAUGUUAUAGUAAUAUCACUUUUCAGCUGGUAUCUGAGGCAACUUUUAAUAAAAGUACUCUUGUAGAAUAUAGUGGUGUCAGUCAUCAACCCAAGCAACACAGAACUGCUCCUUACCCACCUCGAAAUAUCUCUGUCCGUAUUAUAAACCUGAACAAGAACAACUGGGAAGAGCAGAGUGGCAGUUUCCCGGAGGAGCCAUUCAUCAGAGCCCAAGACACUGUGGAGAAAGACAAAGUCUUUCACUUUUCCAGAGACAUGCCUGAAAUUCCCCCGAGCAACAUUUCUUCUGGUUGGCCUGAAGUUAACAGUAGUGAUGAUGAUCCAACCUCUCAGCCAUACUGGUGGGACGGGGCCUCUGCCACUCCUGAGGGUGAUGAGGACUUCGUCAAGGUGCUCCCCACGAAGUAUGAUGAGAACAGCACCCUCAGCAGGACAGAGAGAGCAGCAGCCAACGCGGUGUCUUUCUUCCCAGUGCAAAUGAUCCUGAGUUGGCUCCCACCAAAGCCUCCCACUGCCUUCGAUGGGUUUCAUAUCCACAUAGAAAGAGAAGAAAACUUUACUGAAUAUUUAACAGUGGAUGAAGAAGCACAUGAAUUUGUUGCAGAACUGAAAGAGCCUGGAAAAUACAAGUUAUCUGUAACAACCUUUAGCUCUUCAGGAUCUUGUGAACCUCGAAAAAGCCAAUCAGCAAAAUCUCUCAGCUUUUAUAUCAGUCCCGCAGGGGAGUGGAUCGAAGAACUGACGGAGAAGCCGCAGCAGGUGAGCGUGCGAGUCCUCAGCCCCACCACGGCGCUGCUGUCCUGGACGUCAUCCCAGGAGAAUUCCAACGGCACCCUCGUGUCCGUGGUGUCGCUCACCUGCCAGAAGCAGAAGGAGAGCCAGCGGCUGGAGAAGCAGUACUGCACGCAGGUGAACUCAAGCAAAACUAUUAUUGAAAAUCUGGUUCCUGGGGCCCAGUACCAGGUUGUGAUGUACCUCAGAAAAGGCCCUUUGAUUGGACCACCUUCAGAUCCUGUGACAUUUGCCAUCGUUCCAACUGGAAUAAAGGAUUUAAUGCUCUAUCCACUGGGCCCUACAGCAGUGGUUUUGAGUUGGACCAGACCUUACUUAGGCGUGUUCCGGAAAUACGUGGUGGAGAUGUUUUAUUUCAACCCUGCAACCAUGACUUCUGAAUGGACAACCUACUAUGAAAUAGCAGCAACGGUCUCCUUAACGGCCUCCGUGAGAAUCGCUAAUCUGUUGCCAGCAUGGUACUACAACUUCCGAGUUACCAUGGUGACGUGGGGAGACCCAGAACUGAGCUGCUGUGACAGCUCUACCAUCAGCUAUAUAACAGCUCCUGUUGCUCCAGAAAUCACUUCUGUGGAAUAUUUCAACAGUCUGCUAUAUAUUAGCUGGACAUAUGGGGAUGACACAACUGAUCUCUCCCAUUCUAGAAUGUUGCAUUGGAUGGUUGUUGCUGAAGGAAAGAAAAAAAUUAAAAAGAGUGUAACACGCAAUGUCAUGACUUCGAUACUCAGCCUGCCACCAGGAGAUAUCUACAACCUCUCAGUAACUGCUUGCACAGAAAGAGGCAGUAAUACAUCCCAGCUACGCCUGGUCAAAUUAGAACCGGCUCCUCCGAAAUCACUUUUCGCUGUGAACAAAACCCAGACGUCAGUGACUCUGCUGUGGGUGGGACAGGGGGUGGCUGAUUUCUUCGAAGUCUUCUGCAUGCAAGUUGGCUCCAACCCGGAAACAAAAAUGCAGGAACCUGUUUCUGUGUCUUCUCACGUUGUGACCAUUUCCAGCCUCCUGCCCGCCACCACGUACAACUGCAGCAUUACCAGUAUCAGCCACGGCAGCCCCAGUGUCCCCACAUUCAUAGCUGUCUCCACAAUGGUUCCAGAGAUGAAUCCCAAUGUAGUGGUCAUCUCCGUCCUGGCCAUCCUUAGCACGUUGCUGAUUGGAUUGUUGCUAGUUACUCUGAUCAUUCUCAGGAAGAAGCAUCUGCAGAUGGCUAGGGAGUGUGGCGCUGGGACCUUUGUCAACUUUGCAUCCUUGGAGAGGGACGGCAAGCUUCCAUACAACUGGCGUAGGAGUAUAUUUGCUUUCUUAACCCUGCUACCCUCAUGUCUUUGGACUGAUUAUCUUUUGGCAUUUUAUAUUAAUCCUUGGAGUAAAAAUGGUUUAAAGAAGAGGAAACUGACUAACCCAGUUCAACUGGAUGACUUUGAUGCCUACAUCAAGGACAUGGCCAAAGAUUCUGACUACAAGUUUUCUCUUCAGUUUGAGGAGCUGAAACUGAUCGGACUGGAUAUCCCACACUUUGCUGCAGAUCUCCCACUGAACCGCUGCAAAAAUCGCUACACCAACAUCCUACCAUAUGAUUUUAGCCGUGUGAGAUUAGUCUGCAUGAACGAGGAGGAAGGUGCAGACUAUAUCAAUGCCAACUACAUUCCAGGCUACAACUCGCCCCAGGAGUACAUCGCCACCCAGGGGCCACUGCCCGAAACCAGAAACGACUUCUGGAAGAUGGUCCUGCAGCAGAAGGCACAGAUCAUCAUCAUGCUCACUCAGUGCAACGAGAAGAGGCGGGUGAAGUGUGACCACUACUGGCCCUUCACAGAGGAGCCUGUCGCCUACGGAGACAUCACAGUAGAGAUGGUCUCGGAGGACGAGCAGGACGACUGGGCCUGCAGGCAUUUCCGGAUCAACUACGCUGACGAUACGCAGGAUGUGAUGCAUUUUAACUACAUGGCGUGGCCUGACCAUGGUGUGCCCACGGCGAAUGCUGCAGAGAGUAUCCUGCAGUUUGUCCACGUGGUUCGACAGCAUGCCACGAAGAGCAAAGGCCCCAUGAUCGUGCACUGCAGUGCUGGAGUUGGGCGGACAGGAACUUUCAUCGCCUUGGACCGGCUGCUACAGCACAUCCGGGAUCACGAGUUUGUGGACAUCUUAGGGCUAGUGUCGGAAAUGCGCUCGUACCGGAUGUCAAUGGUACAGACAGAGGAGCAGUACAUCUUCAUCCAUCAGUGUGUGCAGCUCAUGUGGACGAAGAAGAAGCAGCAGUUCUGCAUCAGCGAUGUCAUCUACGAGAAUGUGAGCAAGUCCUAGUGCAGCGCCGUAGCAGACAGGAAAUGAUCUGCAUCCAUCCUCCUAUGCUUCCAGAGUCUGGGGGCCUGGCUAGUCAUUCAGAAAAACAGCCCCUGCUUUAUUGGACGUGGCCAAGGGGAUCAUUUCUCUCAUUGUCGCACCAGGAAGACUUAGCCUUAAAGAGCCUACAAGUGUCUUUUUGGACAUUUCAAUUCUGGACAUUGAAAAAUGGACCAAGUCAGCUAAAAGGUGCAGACACUCGCAGCGGAUGGGAGCGCGGCACUCCUGACGCUUCCCUUCACUGUUGGCUGGUGGGGCUGAGUUUUCUUGUUGUUAAGUGCAAUAAUCUUUGUAUUGUGUGAUUUUUAUCAGAAAAAAUGGGAUUAUUCUUUGCUCACACAACUGCUCAAGCCUGUAGCCCAGAAAGGAUCGGGAAUUAUCCAUAUCCGGUUAUACCCC